AUGUCAUCCCCAGCGGAGGAACGGAAGACGUUUGUGCAAGACCCCAAGGACAAGCGCAAUGACUCCGAUAUCUCUCCUACAUCUGACGAAGGUACUUAUGUACCCGAGCGACCGACCCAUCGCCCAGAUACCUUGAGGGUCGACACGAGUUCCCCGGAUGAUGAUGAUGUUCCUCCAAUGCGCACACCAUCGGCCCGUCGGGAGCAGGCGACACGUCUAGAGGAUGAUCUGCUGCUGCUGCAAGCGGAACGAAUGACCUCCCGUUCGACUCACGAACCCGAUGAUGAACACGAUCAAAAUUCUAUCACACGUGCCCGCUCGCGCCGUUCGGAGCCCGUGGACGAGUUUGACGAAGCUACAAACCCUUUACACGAAAAGACUGCCAUCUACAAGCCUCCGGAGAAACCCAACACCAAGAUUGCUGUCUUUGUGAAGAAACUGCAUCAGUCAAGCUUCCUCCUGCGCUACCUGACCUACAUUUCCCCCGUUGUCCUCAUCCUCUUGAUUCCGUUGCUGGUCGGCGCUCUUGAGUUUCCGCAGGCCAGCGUGGGUGGUGUGAAGUUGAUGUGGUUUGCCAUCUGGCUGGAGAUCGUGUGGCUGACCCUCUGGGCUGGGCGACUUGUCAGCAAAUGUUUACCCCCGACCGUCGGUGCCCUUGCGAGUAUUUUUACCAACAAUGCGAAGAAAUGGCGCGACAUGGCCAAGCAGCUCGAGCUCCACGCGGCCCUGUUUUUCUGGUGGCUCGGAGUGGAGAUUUCCUUCCUGCCUACAAUGAAGAAUCACCACGUCAAUGGCGAUAAACGGACGAGGAGUUGGGAAAACACCCUCAACAAAAUCAUCAUCGUGAUCUUUGUGUGGACCAUUCUGAAUCUCAUCGAAAAGAUCCUGAUCCAGCUCAUUGCCAUCAGCUUCCACACGCGAACCUACGCCGACCGCAUUGAGAUCAACAAGUUCCAGAUUGGCAGUCUGACCAAGCUGUACGAUUUUUCCCGGACAACCUUGGCCGACCAAGACGAUCGAUAUGACGAGAAGAUCGAGGAGGGGACUUCUUCCGGUGUCAAGACCCCACUGCACUAUGCUAACGUUGCUCAGCGGAAGGCUAAGGGAGCCUUAAACAAAGUGGGAAAUCGGGUCACCGACAUAGCCGGAGCAGUGGUGGCCGAUGUCACUGGUCGCACGGCCACUCGCAGCACCGAUGCGUACCAGGUUGUAUUGGCGCUUCUGCGAACUACCGGGGGCUGUCAGGUGUUGGCUCGCCGUCUUUAUCGCACCUUUGUGCGAGAUGGCUUCGACACGGUCUUUGGUGGUGACUUGAAGGCCGCAUUCGAUGACGGCGAGGAGGCCGAAGCUGCCUUUGCCAUGUUCGAUCGCGACAUGAAUGGCGACAUCUCAAUGGAGGAGCUGGAGGCUGUUUGCGUUGACAUUGGCCGCGAGCGCAAGUCAAUCACCGCAUCUCUCAAGGAUUUGGAUUCUGUUGUAUCCAAAUUGGACUCAGUGUUCAUGUUCUUUGUGAUUGUCAUCGUCAUUAUCGUCUUCCUGUCGCUCAUCUCGACCUCCGCUGCCGGCGUGCUCACGUCUGCGGGCUCUGCUAUUCUCGCCCUGUCGUGGUUGUUCUCUGCUACGGCCCAGGAGUUCCUCCAGUCGGUCAUCUUCGUUUUCGUUAAGCACCCCUUUGACGUGGGCGACCGGGUAACUAUCUACGGCAAUGCUGGCGAUGCCGGUCUUGGUGAUGAUUACUUUGUGAAGGAAAUUACUUUACUCUACACGGAGUUCAAGAAGAUGCAAGGUCAUGUGGUGCAGGCGCCAAACAGUUACCUCAACGGUCUUUUCAUUCUCAACCAGCGUCGAUCGGGUGCACUCGCCGAGGCAGUUCCAAUCAUUAUCAAAUACGGCACCACCAUUGACCAACUUGACUCCCUGCGACAGCGACUUUUAGAGUUUGUCCGAAGCGAAAAACGCGAUUUCCAGGGCAACAUUCUCACCGAAAUGCGCGCUGUCACUGAGAAUUUCUCACUCACACUGAAUGUGGUCUUCUUCUACAAAUCCAACUGGCAGAAUGAGGGUCUUCGUUUGCAACGUCGUAAUAAGUUCAUCUGCAUGCUCAUGGUCGCUCUCCAGGAGAUUGGUAUCGAGGGCCCACGCAUGAACCUCCAGGGUGCCAAGUUCGACAUCCCCUUCCAUGUCAACUAUGGCAACCAGCGCCCUGCUGCUCGACAAGAGCCCAUCGAGGCCGAGGAGAUCCCGAUGACAGAGGGAUCUCGUCAACUGCCCGAGAACACCGGAACCAGCAGCGGCAGCGCUGCCCGUCACCCAUCCAUCCUCCGCAAGGGUAUGGACACUGCCACCGCUCGUGCACGCGGUCCAUCCGUGUCACAGCGCAAACAUGUCGAUUUCUCCUUGGGUAUGUCCAAUAUGGCCUCCAACGAUGUCAUGGGCGAUGUCUUCGAGGAUCGCGUUGUCCGCGUUGAUGAUGUCGUCCGUACUGCCAACCGCGAUGCCGCCGAGCGCCGCAUCCAGGAAGAGAAUGAGGACGAAGAGGAACGCCGGAGUCGCGCGUCAUCCUCCCGUCAUCGUCGCCCUUCCAACCUGAGCGCUCCCUCCAACAACGACGACGGUCGCCGGUCGACCGACGCCCACAGCUACCGUAGCGGCCGGUCAUCCCUCAGCCGAAACCGGUUCUUCCAUCACCGCAGCAGUGUGGGUCACGAUCGGGACGACCUGAUGGAGCAGGGUCGUUCGGCUGAAACCCCUGCGCCUCCAGCCGCAAUUCCUGAUGUCAAAGAACAUCCGCAUUGA